AUGACUAUUAAGAGCUUUCCAGCGUGCUUCGUGCGAGGCGGAACAUCGAAUGGCCUGAUCAUUCAUCGGAAAGACCUCCCCAAGGAUGUCAAAGAGUGGCAGCCGAUCCUUUCAGCAGCCAUGGGCUCUCCAGACGGCUACGGCAGACAGCUUGAUGGAAUUGGCUCGGGUGUCUCAUCCACGAGCAAAGUGUGCGUGGUCGAGAAGUCGAGUCGUGAGGAUGCCGACCUGGACUAUACUUUUGUGCAAGUUGGCAUUAAAGAUGGCUCUCUGGACUUGGCUGGUAAUUGCGGCAAUAUGUCUUCGGCCAUAGGGCCCUUUGGCUUCAAUGAAGGCUUGCUUCACCAUGUCCACGUGAAUGGAGACGCUGAAGAGCACAAAAAAGUCAGCACUCGGAUCUUCAACACGAACACGGGAAAGCUGAUCAAUGCGACCUUCAGCGUGACCAAGGAUGGCGUCUACGAUCCCUUUGGUGACUACUCAAUUGGUGGUGUGCCAGGAACUGGUUCACGCAUCACGCUUUCUUUUCUAGAUCCCUCUGGUGCAAAGACAGGCAAAGCCUUACCGACAGGAAAUGCUGUCGAUAACGUGAAGUUGCCUGACGGGACAUCGAUUCGAGCCAGCCUGGUUGAUGUCGCAAAUCCUGGCGUUUUCAUCCUCGCAGAGGACAUCGGUGUUCCAGGGGACGUGAAGCCGGCGACUCUGGAGGAGCAUCCUGAAAUUUUGUCAAAGCUUGAGCUCAUUCGGCAAGAAGGUGCUCGAAUGAUGGGCGUCGAACCUGCGCAAACCGUUCCCAAGAUUGUCCUUGUUAGCAGGCCAACAUCGGCGGAUAUUGAGAAGGGCGUGCACAUAGUGUGCAGAGCACUGUCCAUGCAGCAACCACAUAAGGCGGUGCCUUUAACUCUGGCGCUGAAUAUCGGAGCAGCAUGCCGGAUGCCAGGCACACUACCGGCUGAUCUGGCAGUGGGCGAUCCGAGCGAACGAGAAUCUCUGACCAUCGCUCACGCCAGUGGUAAAAUUGAGGUAGGGAGCGUCUUGGAAAACGGUAAGAUCAAGAGCGCCCAGCUUCAUCGAACAGCAAGGAUGAUGAUGAAAGGCGAUGUUUUCUAUACGUCCAAGACGUGAAUUUAGUAUUGUUGUGAUCCGUCAACAGCAUGCGUCUCGGACGGAGAGGGGCUAAGAAAUGUGCUUAAGGCUUGUCGUGUGGACCUGCUGUGACUUCCCUCAAAUAAAAUAGCGAUAGAAGGACUGUCGCUCCGAUGAUGAGCCUUUGGACCAGUGUAACGCGGUUCGUUGAGCC